GGCGGAGGUAGACUAGGAUACCAAUGCUGUACCCUCGCGUAUUAAGGAAACGUUGGGUUUUAGCAGUGAUUUUCAUUUGUUCUCUUUUAUAUUUUUUGUCGGCAACAUUAUCAAAGGUAAAUUGUCCAUAAUAAUGUGUUUUAAAACGUUUCAAAGGCUUAUUUACUUUAGACUUCUGGAGUGUCGGUCAUACUCUCAGCUCUGCUCUUACUCUUACAAUCUUACAAUAAGUUACAUUACUCACUACUCUCUCUUGUCUGACACUUCUUACUCAUGCUUUGCCUUACUUACUUAGUUGUUUUUAUCCCAUUCUAUGAAUACUAUGAUUGAUUCCAUACUCUCUACACAUCUGAUUUAGAAGUUUAAUGUUAUAAUCUUUAAUAAUAUUAAUGUUAACAGCCUUAACUGUGAUUGACUUUAACUUUAAGGAGAGGAUGUUAAUAAGAUAAUUUAGUCCUAAACUUUGUGUUGCUACAGUUUCAAUAUAUAAUAUAAUUCUGUGGCCUAUGCCUAUCAUUAUCAUGUACUAUCAUGGCCUAUGUUUAAAUUUAACUAUAUACAAAAAAUAUAUAUAUUGCAAGUAUUACUAUGUAUUGUUAUUGUUAUCACUAAUAAUCACUAAUAUUACUAUUAGACUUAACUUAGUCUAAUGAAAAGCGACUUUUUUUUGUUAUUAUUAAUAAAUUAAUUGUUGAAUAGUUGUAAAACUUAUUUGUACAUUGACAUUAGUUUUAAUUUAUAGGAAGUGACUAGGUGGGGCAAGAUGAGCCCUCAUAAAAAAUAUAUGCAUGCCUAUAUUAUUAAUUGCGGCUUUGCAGGACUCAAUUUGUUAUUGUGGCAAUAUGCAUGCACUAUACAAUCGACCCUUCCUUUUCCACCCCAUUUUGAUAUGAACAUAUCUUAAUUGUUGUCAUCGGAUUACAAACUAUAGCUAUCAAAAUAUUCAUAAAUGUCUGCUGUUGCGCAGUACCAGUAUUGUAUUAUUUUUAAAAAUAACCUCUGAGACUUCAUGGUGUUGUCCUCUCUCUUUUUCUUUGGUGUUCUUGCAUACUAAUUAUCUGAGUGAUUGCCACAAUAAAGUCGCUAUGCUCUUUAUUUAUCUCAAUUUCGCCCUUGACACUAAUUUUUGUUUAUUGGCUGUAAAAUCAUAAUUAUCCAUCUCCACCUAAUAAUAAUAUUGUCAAUUUCAAUGGAAACUGAGUGAAUAACGGAAGUUCAUUGGAUGAUAUUUUUUACCAAAUAUCAUUGAAUUAGUAGGAUAUUCACUCAACCUCUGCACUCUGUUAAUUAUUGUAAUGUGUAAUGAUGAAACAAUUAUUUAUUUCACUGAAUAAAAUGCACAUUUUCAAAUUCGUAGCUCAAAAACUGCUAAAGAAGGUCGAUGUUUGAUUAAUUUUGUUCUAUAAAAUAUAUAAUAUUUAAAAUUAAUAAAUAUUUAUUUUUGUCGAAACUGAUAAGGCUACAUUCAAUGCUUCAUCCCGAAUAUGUGUGGAAGGAAGCACUGGCAAAGUAGCCAUAGCAAGUUAUGCUUAGGAUGCUUUGCACUUUACCCAUGGUGUAAUAUGCUUAGGGCGCGUCUAACCCAUAUAUUUAAUAUCUUAAAACUUGACUUGGGCCUUCUCACACUUCUUACAGUUAAAAUAUUGUGACGAGACUUAGCUGGUAGAUAUUAAUAUUAACCUUAUUAAGGCAUUCAUCAAGGCGUCUGCUAUGUCUGUUAAUAUGUCUAAAAGGAUGCUUUUGGUCAUCAGUGGGAUCACAAAUUCACAUAAAUAAUUAAGACACAUGCCUUUUUCUAAUUCAUAAAUAGCAUAGUUAAUCAUUAUGGCAGUUAAAUUUUAUAUAUUUUUUGUUUCUGUUACAUUAUGGUUAUAAAGAUUAAUUAUGUGUUAAUAUUUGGCUCAUAGAAGAAACAAUAUGUAACAAAAGACUGAUCUAACAAAGUGCAAAUAAAAACGAUAACAAAGCUAGUGAUACUAAAAAAAAUUUUAGUUAUAUAAAUAAAUUUUUAUGGCAAUACAAAUGUGAGUGCAGAAGCAAAAAGUGUAUCAACUUACACCAAGUGGGAAAAUAAUAAUAUACAAUCCUGGAGAAAGAAAUAUUAAUUCUGCACACAAAAAUAAAAAAAAAUGUCUUAUAUGUCCAUCUCUCAGUAAGUCUUAGUAAGUCUAAGCCUCCGAAAGUCUAUCUGCUAAGAAACUCAGCAGGCUUCAUAUAUUAAUUAAAUCUGAACAUGCUAGUACUACUACAGAAAAUCUAUAAAUUGCAGCACCUAUUGACAUUCUUGAGAAAAAAUUAGAAUGCUUUCGCAUGUAAACAACUUUUUCGCCAGGCAGGACAGGGGCGGGCAACACAGCUACACAAUGAUGUUGAUUUUUCAAGGCCAUCACUAGGAGACAAGCUGUGGAGGCUAAAAAUGACGAUGUGUAGUUUAAAAAUAAGCCAAGGCCUAUGCUGUACUAUACUCGUACUUAUAUAACUCAUUCUGCUUAAUCAAUUACUGCAUAUUUAAUAUUAGACUUACUAUUUGAAAAUUCACAGUUGACCUACUGUCAAGACAGGCUUUAUUUUACUGUAUUUUGCUGAGCUCUAAAUACUACUAACAGGCCUUAAAUAAAACAAAUUACAAACUAGUAGGCUAAAUAAUAAAAUGUAGGUCAAUUAUGUUUCAACUUUACUGAGAUUUCAUGCCAAACUGGCAUUGGGCACAAUUUUGUUGCCUAAACAUGAUGAUAUGUUACAAGAAGUGGUGACAAUCUGUGGUUGUCCCCUCUCCUCAUGUUGUCAUCAAUCAUGUAGUUUGAAAACACACAAAAAGAGAGAAGAUUCCUCCUUAAGGUUCCAUAAGAAUGGAUCAAAUAUUGGCCUAUUCAGGCCUAAUCAUAUAAGUAGGGCCUAUUUUCACUAUUGUUAGUCUACAGUAAGUCUACUAAGACUCUCCUACAAUUAAAUUAUCACAUUUAAAUAAAAUUAUCAAAGUACAAAAGCAAUACUCUAUCUCUAUCGGUCGGCAGUCAAACAUAGUGGACAGCAACCAGCAAGGUAGAUAUAAAGCCCUGGUUUAAAAAAUGAAAAUUGAUAGGAAUGUAAAAAAAAUUGGUUUUGUGGUUUACAUUGUCAUUAUAAUUAUAAACUGAAACUGUAAUUUGUGUAGUAAUUAUUAUAAUCCUCUUAUGGAUUUUGACUUUGUUGGUGAUGCCUGUUGAGAAUCAUUAGCAGACCUAAUCUAAAAAAUUAUGGUAGACUGAUUCUUAAUAGUGAAAUCUCUAAAUGAAACUUGAAAAAUUUGUUGCCAAGCUCUAUACAUCAACAAAAACAUUAAGACUAUUUAAGUAGAGAUUAGUGCUUCCCAAAGUGGGAAACCAUUAUUUGUUUCUUUUAGGUAAGGUGUUGUAGAAAGGGGAUCGUUCAGUCCUCUGAUUACAUUUUCACUAUUCCCUCUAUGGUUUCUGUCCUCUGAUUACAUUUUCACUAUUCCCUAUUUGGUUUCAGUCCUCUGAUUAUAUUCUCACUGAGUAUGAGUCCAAGAGAACCCUGAGGCAGCCUUUUCAAUGGCAGCCAACUGAAGAUUCCAACGAUACCGAUGUGAUUAAGUGUAGAAACUCUAGGCAAGGUCGCUGGCUCAUUGUGGACCACAAAGGUAAAUAUUAAAUUAUUAAAUUUGGUUGAUUGCAUGAAUCUUUUGUAGAGUGCUAGGAAAGUAAAUAAUGCAAUUAACUUAAGGAUGCAGGGCCAAAUGGAAAAAAAAACAAACUACUACCUCCAGCAACAAAGCCUGAAUCUGGCACCAACCUCAUUGGGAUAUUUAAAGUCUGAAACCUAAAUAUGUUUUUUUGAUUAUUGUAUCAACAGCCUCUAAGCCAGUGCUUUCAAAACUUUUCAUCAUUUCGUAACAAAGUAAUUCAGUUUUAAGAUAUAUGCAUCCUUCCUUAUUACUUCAACCUGAACACAGUACUUGCUGUAUUUAUUUUAAUUCAGUUUUUCUAAAAUAAACUAACCCAUAUUAAGACAUACAGACACAAACAUAAAGUGUAAUAAUGAAAUUUAUGAUGACACCACACGAAAACCUGCCAUUUAUAUAUUUUUUUAAUGCAUGUUUUAAAUAUAUAUAUAUAUAUAUAUAUGUAUAUACAUACAUUUACAAGAAUUAUGUGAUUGUUAUUUAUAAAUUCUAAGAGGAAAAUAUGUGUGAGAGUGUAAGAACCCAGAUUCUGUCCUAAUGAAUAAAUCCUAAACAAAUCAGUUAAUAGCUCUUAGUCAAUGACAUCUGUGGAUUUCACUUAUUACGAUACAAAUAACUUUUUAUUAUCUUGAUAAAUAUCCUUCAUUGCAUGUUGUCAGACAUGUUUUGAAUAGCCUAUGUAUUCCAAUUGUGAUAUCUGCAAAAGAGAUUUUAAUGAUUCUUAUCUCAAAUUCUGGUCAAAAUAUUGUUCGACUAAUAACACAGUAAGAUCCUUCAAGGGCUUUUCGUCAAGAGUGUGUGGAUCCUUCUUUUUAGAAAUAUUUUGACCAACAAAGUAACUUGCCCAUUGAGCUUUCUAAGAAGCCUUCAUUCUUUUGCUAAAUUUUGCAAGCUGUUAUUUAAUUGAUUUUAAAAGCUCGGUGAAGUAUUCUAUGAAUUUUUUGUAGCAAAUGACUGUGUUUGGAGUUAAAACGAUGGCUUACUUUUUUAGAUGCCAUACUUUUAUUUGGAGGUUUAUCUCCACAAACAAAACACUGGGACGAGAAUUGUUUUCUCUAACAGAUAAACACGUCAUCUUCACCAGCUUUUUCUUUAUUGGAACUUAUCCAUUCUACAGAAUCAAAUUAUACAAUUUUAAUCCUACAAAAACAUGGACAUUUUUUACUAAGUAAAUUAAUUAAAAACUUUGAAUAUUUAAAGAUCAAACUCUUUGCAAAAGAAAUAUAUCAGAAUAAUUAUGAAUUGCACUCCUAGAGAAGCCGUGGGAAAAGAUGUAUGAUGCCAAAUAAAAAUUUAAGAUAUUUCCAAACCACAGAAGAGAAAAGACUACAGAAAAAAAGGGAAAGCAAUUUUUAAAUUGUGCAGAACAAUGUCCUUUUUACAACUAGACGUCUAAAUGAAUUUGGAAAAAAAUUUUGACUGGCAACUCAUAAUACAGUAUCAUCAUGUGAUCCAUAUGUCUGAUCUACUACUUUAAUGUCUAAAAAAUGCCUGAAUGUCUUACAGCAUAUUUCCUACACCCUGCAGGGGAUACACUCCUGUGUCCCGAUACACAGUUUGGAAAGCACCUGUGUAUGCAAUGGUUCACAUGUGCCAGGGUGCAGAACCUGUAACUUUUUUAUGUAACAGGUUGCAACCUGGCGAAAAAUGUCAGUUAAUAAAUAGAGUUUUUAAAUGUGCACCAUUAGCAAAACCUUGGAAAAACUUGGCUCUUUUAAAUACUUUGGGUUAAUACCAAAGUAUUCCAAUGAAUUAUAUAAGAAUGCAUAAAUAAUUGAUAGCUUCCAAUUAAAAAGAAAUGUAUAAAUCAAUUUCAUUUCUAGAGCACUUUUUCUCAUUCCCCUUGUCUUUGUUAAUGGAAGGUUAUGUCUGCAAGCGAGAACAUGUAGGUAUCAACAAUUGCUGCAAUCCCAAACAAUCAUCCACCAAGCACUUCUCCUGCGAUACUUGUUUGUCCAACGGCUGUUGUAGUGUCUACGAACAUUGUGUAUCCUGCUGUCUCCAGCCAAAAAAUGUAAGAUUCUGUCAAUUUUUGCGAUGUGAUUCUCUCUGUGAAUUAAUUAUGUAAAGCAUGUCAAUGAACUCUUUCACCCAAAAUCCUAAAAAUGUCCUGUCUAGAUUGCCAUAAUCUAUUCAUGUUCUUUCAGUAAAUUAAAUCGGUAUUUAAUAUAGUUUGGAAAAUUUCACCAAUAAUAUCUAUAUCAACUGCUCUCCUAUAAUGAGCUUGGGUUUCUUUAUCUCAGCAAAACUUAGUGAGCAAGAUACUCAAAGAAAACCAAGAGGCUCCACACAAUUUGUUCAUCAGGGAAGUAGAGAAUUUGUUUGACUUGUGUUUGGCUAAGUGUAGAACAUCCUCCCAGGUAAGUUCUUUCUGUUUCUAGAUCUAUAAUACAUUUCUCAUACACCUCAUUCCACUUAGAAUAUCUAUACUAAAAAUCUUAAUGUUUGAUUGUGUGUCUCAGUUGCAAUAACUCAUAAACGUCUAGCAUUCUGUAAUUUUUAAAGAGUGUUUUGUGGUUCAGAUCUGCUCAACUAUUUCCGUCCCACAAUUUCAUUUCAAUUAAAAGAUUUUUAAAUGGACAACUCUUCCCCCAGAGCUGUAGAUGCAAGGUGUGGUUUCACACACAUGCACAGCUGCACAAGUAUUACAGGGUUCACAGUCUUUAAAGGUUUUGAGAAAAUACAAAGAAAUUUCCAGGUCCCAGAAAGUUUGGGAAAAUUGGCAAAAACGUCACAGUCUUUGAAAGUUUGAGAAAAAUUAUUUUCCGUACUUAGAUGGAACAAAAAAUAAAGCGGGGAAAAAAUAUCAUGUUUUCAUUUGACUGACAUGCGCAGUCCACAUUUCUUACUGACCCUUAACACUGCAAGAAAUAAAUUUUUUGAUUGGUCAGUAGAUUUCUUAAGUCAGUCAAAUUAAACUUUACAAGUGCGGGAUCUUUAGUAACUUCAUCUGUUUUGACUGGUUACCGGAAAUUUGAUCGAAAGAAAUUUCGUCAACGGAAAAUUGAUAGACAGAAAUUUGAUUGAACAGAAAUUUGGUUGAAUCUUUUUUUCAGUUCACACAUUAAAAUUUUCGUCAAAUUUCUUUUUGAACGCACUAUACUAUAUUAUAUAGUAAAAAAAAAAAAGAAUGCGUUCAAACACAAACUUUUGAGAAUCUAUCAAUUGUUCAUGUCAAUUUACAGUCAUUUUUUAAAAAAGGAUUUUUUCCCCCCUUUUUCUAAUGGUCUGAUGAGGCGGGUAGGUUGAUAGAACAUAGAUUUAUUUUUGUGUUUUGAUCUCAUCUUUUAACUUUUUUCUCCCAUCAUUUUAUGUUGGUAGAGCGUGCAGCAUGAGAACUCGUACCGUGAUGCCAGUGUAAAGUAUUGCUAUGGAGACAGACCUCCAGAUUUACAAGUGAUUACUGGCUGAACUGUGGACUUGAUGGGAUAACUUCAGCUUCCCAUUACAACAAGCCUAUCUGUGAUAUUCAUCAACUUCAUUGCUGUAAAUUACCAUCAUCAUAUCGAGUGUGUUUUCAACACUGUGACUGCCUCAUAGUGACUAUGUUACCCUCAUCAUGACUGUGUUUACAUGGACUAAUAACAUCAAGGUUCCUGUGUUAUACUGAAAGUGACUGUGGUAUUCUCAAAGUAACCCAUGCCUCAUUGUGACUGUGUUUUCAUGGAGUAUAUUUGAUUGUCUCAUUUAACUUAGUUAUAAAGUGUUCCUGGACAUGAUGUAAAUAGAUUCUACAAUAAUCAGAAGCUGUCUUUAGUGUUUACAUCUUUCAAGAUUGUCUGUGGGCUCAAGUCGUAAUGUGCAACUUAAGCUGUUAGCAUUGGCAGUGAAUUCAUUCAUGUUCUUUAUAUUUUUCAAAUUCUUCUUGAGCACUUUCUUUGUUUGACGCAAAUUAUUUGUGAUUUUCUUAUGUGUGGGCCCAUCAAAAUUACAAGAAACUUUUUGCUUGUUAGUGGAUUUAUAUUGAGCGUUUUUGUGGGAUCCUGUAGCUAGAGUUGAUGUUAUUUAAAUUGUGCUAGAAAGAUGAAGAAAGCAACUGUUUCUAACAAAGCCAACAUCGCUGCUGCAGCUGGUCAGCCCACUGACCAAAGACCUUUUAACCAGCUGUGGAUCAACUCAUGCUACCAGCAAACACUCUUGCCCAAUGCACCAUGGCAUAAGGUCAGUUGAUUUGGUGGCAUUAAUUGUCUCAUAAAUUAUUGUAUAAAAACUUCAUCUGUCUCCUAUUCCGAGGGAAUAUUUUUUGGUAAAAAAUCUUAAUUCUUUCUCAUAUAAGAAAUGCAUGUCAACUAAAUCUCAAUUUUGAUAAAUAAAUUUCAAAUAAAUUAUUGUCUGACCUGGCCAGAGGGAUUACUCUUUAUUUUCUCUAAAAAGUUGCACAAAACCAAAUAAUUAAAACUUAGUCUUAAAGCGAUCCUUCAAUUAAAUUGUCUGUCAAGCCAGCUGCUUUUUAAAAAUGUAUCUUGCUUGAGACUGGAGAGCUUAUUAAUAAAUUGGACUUUGUGACAAGCCAGCUAAUGUUUGAAAGUGUCUUUGAUAUUGUUGACAGCUGGAAGAAGAAAUCUCCCACAGCCUGGCCCAGAAAGUAGAAAAACAGUUUAGCCAGCCUCAAAGGAAGGAAAUGUUGAUGGAAGUAUUGGGAAGACACUUUGUGGAGAAAUAUCUCUCUCAUGUUCAGCGCAACCCUGAAAUUCUGGUAAGUAAAAGAAAUAUUUUAUUUAAUUAGAUCAUUGUGAUCAAGAACUCUUCAGUACAAGAGCCUUCAAUAUGUCAGAAAAUGUUCCAAUAUUUUUUUUACUGUACAGGAGCCUUCUCAUAUGUCAGCAAAUGAUAAGAAUCGACUACGCAUAGAUGCACAGAAUUGGCUCAACAGUCAAAUGUACAAAGCUGUUAAAGAAACUGGGCAUGGAUAUCUGCUUACGGGCAUUGGACCAGGGUGAAUAGAAUUCUUUGUUACGACCAGACAUUCCCUAUUUAAACCAAGCUAUUCAUUGUUGGUAAUCUGGACCUGAAAGAAUGACCAGUUUCAACCAAGCUAUUUAGGUCAAAUUUACAUUUCUAAUAUGUAGUUAAUCCUCCCUCCUGCAGCUGCAUUUUUUAGUUACUUCAUUUUGACAUUUCUUUCUACACGACCACUGUCAGACAUGAUAUUUAUGGGGGAAUAUAGUUUGUAAAAUUGAUGAUUUGGUUUGCGUCUUCAUGGCCUGGAAUGUAUACUUUAACGAAAGUCUUCUUUUGAUUGAUCUGAAGGGAGCCACCACCGACAGGGAGCUAUGCUGAGUUCUUGCGUGAAACAUUUUCAGUGUUUACAACAGGGCUGGAUAGGGAGCUGUACAAAUUGGAUACAAAAUUGAAGGUAGGAUAUUGGUGUAAAAAAUCCAGUGUAAGAUACUGGUGUUCAACAUUUAGUGUAGGAUGUUGGUUUGAAAUUUCAGUGUAAGAUAUUGGUGUUCAACAUUUAGUGUAGGAUGUUGGUUUGAAAUUUCAGUGUAAGAUAUUGGUGUUCAACAUUUAGUGUAGGAUGUUGGUUUGAAAUUUCAAUGUAGGAUAUUGGUGUAAAAAAUCCAGUGUAAGAUAUUGGUGUUCAACAUUUAGUGUAGGAUGUUGGUUUGAAAUUUCAGUGUAGGAUAUUUGUGUAAAAAAUCCAGUGUAAGAUAUUGGUGUUCAACAUUUAGUGUAGGAUGUUGGUUUGAAAUUUCAGUGUAAGAUAUUGGUGUUCAACAUUUAGUGUAGGAUGUUGGUUUGAAAUUUCAGUGUAGGAUAUUGGUGUUAAACGUUAUUGCAGGAUAUUGGUUUGAAACAUUCAGUGUAGGAUUUAGUUUGAAACAUAGUGUAGCAGGUUUGCGUGAAACACCCCUGCACGUCAAGCCCUGUUAUGAAAUUGAAUACCCAUGAAUUAUGAAGUAGGUCGUCUACCUAUGUAACCUUCCUAUCAUUUGAUGUUUUAACAACUUUUCAUUGAUUUAUUUCCAACAAGACAAGCAACACCCCCAGCCUAAAGGCUACUGACAUCUACAAAGUCCCAGCCCCAAGCAGACUUAAACAAGCUGGCACUUCUGAGUCAGUAGGUGGAAAGUCAGUGGCAAGACAGAUCAAAGGUCAGUCUUUUACCAGUAGUUAAGGCAAUCAUGUGCACUUAAAGGAGAAUAGCACAUGUCCUAUGAUCAAACAGUUGACUCGUCUCAUUGGUUUAUUAUAGUUUAGAAAACAAUGGUGUCCUAUGGUUUCUGGUCAUAAAAUGAAAUAACAUGGGGUGUGAAUGUUUAGUAACAUGGGGUAUGAAUGUUUGGCUACUCACAGCACUGUGGCAACGUCUUUAGAUCGCCCUGAUGUUCUCAAGGUGCUGUCCUUUUACUCUGUAUGUUUCCACCAUCUCAUAGGAGUUUUAUCUGUCCACCCCGUCAAAUGCCUUUACUCUGUAUGUUUCCACCAUCUCAUAGGAGUUUUAUCUGUCCACCCCGUCAAAUGCCUUUACUCUGUAUGUUUCCACCAUCUCAUAGGAGUUUUAUCUGUCCACCCCGUCAAAUGCCUUUACUCUGUAUGUUUCCACCAUCUCAUAGGAGUUUUAUCUGUCCACCCCGUCAAAUGCCUUUACUCUGUAUGUUUCCACCAUCUCAUAGGAGUUUUAUCUGUCCACCCAGUCAAAUGCCUUUACUCUGUAUGUUUCCACCAUCUCAUAGGAGUUUUAUCUGUCCACCCGUCAAAUGCCUUUACUCUGUAUGUUUACCAAUCUCCCAGAGCUUAUAUCUGUUUACCCUGUCAAAUGCUUUUACUCUGUAUGUGUCCACCCUGUCAAAUGCUUUUACUUUGUAUGUGUCCACCCUGUCAAAUGCUUUUACCUGGUUGACAAAAACUGUAUGAAGCUGUCAUUGAUAGUCACAACCUUUUACCAUACAUUGUAAACGUCAAAUUACUUUGGUUUGAAAACGGUUUAAUAAUUGGGAUUUUAACACAAAAAAUUAUUUUGCUGUAAAAUUCCUCUGUGCAUUAGAACCUGUUAAAACAAUGUGUCUACUUUUAAUGGUUAGCUCCAGUCUUUACUGUCAAGACCGAUCCUCUACCUCUUUGGGGACCUCAGAGUGAUACAAUAGGAAGUGCAGUUGUCUCACUUCUCUUACGCGACCCACGAAAGUUUGAAGUGGUUGCCGGCCGUCUACAUGGACGUCAGUUGCCUGGGUCCUUGAGAUCCUACUUGUGGGCAGAUGUUCUAUUUAAAGCAGAGAGGAAAAAGAUGAAAGAAGUGUAAGUAUGAAAGGUCAAACUGUAUUUGGUGUGUGGCUACAUCGUCAUAGCAUUAGAGUACUAAGAUUGUCAUAGCAUUAGAGUACUAAGAUUGUCAUAGCAUUAGAGUACUAAGAUUGUCAUAGCAUUAGAGUACUAAGAUUGUCAUAGCAUUAGUCUACUAAUUUGACUUUUUGGGUACGUACUAUAUUGGAUGGCCCCCUCCUCACGUUUGUUUGCUUGGGUGCUGUAUGACGUAAUUUUAUUCUUUUGGCUGAAAAGUGUUGCAAAAACAGAGAAAACUAGAGAAUGAAUUCUCAACUGGUCCACACAGCAAAAUUGUGAUAGCAUUAGAGUACUAAGUAGUUUUGCAUGAUAAAAUUCUCCAUGAAGUGAAAAGUUUAAUAAUUAAACUAUUUAUAUAUUGUAGAUGUAUACAAUUGUAAGGUUUGGUGGUGUAAAAAUGGUAGGUUUGGUGGCAUGUGUGGUAGGUUUGAUGGUGUAAAAAUGGUAGGUUUGGUGGUGUAAAAAUGGUAGGUUUGGUGGUGUAAAAAUGGUAGGUUUGGUGGUGUAAAAAUGGUAGGUUUGGUGGCAUGUGUGGUAGGUUUGGUGGCAUGUGUGGUAUGUUUGGUGGCAUGUGUGGUAGGUUUGGUGGCAUGUGUAGUAGGUUUGGUGGCAUGUGUGGUAGGUUUGGUGGCAUGUGUAGUAGGUUUGGUAGCAUGUGUGGUAGGUUUGGUGGCAUGUGUAGUAGGUUUGGUGGCAUGUGUGGUAGGUUGGUAUAUGUUUGGUAACUGGUGGUAUAUAUGGUAAGUAUCGUUGGAUUGGAUAUAUUAGUUAGGUGAGGUGGUAUGUUUUGUAGGUUUGAUGAUAUGUGAGGUAUGUGUGGUAUGUUUGGUGGUAUGUGUGGUAGAUUAGGUAUAUGUGUGUUAACUUUGGACUUUGGUGGUAUGUAUGUUAGGAUUGGAUAAUUAUGGUAGGUGAGGUGGUAUGUUUUGUAUGUUUGAUGGUAUGUGUGGGAGCUUUGGGUUGUAUAUGGCUGGAUGUGGCACAUUAAGUGUAUAUAUGACUGAUUUGUGGGUUGGGUUUGAUGGUAUGUAUGAUAGAUUUAAUGGUAUCUGUGGUAGGUUUUGUGUAUCUAUGGAAGAUUAGGUGGUUUGUGUGUUAGUUUUGAUGGUCUAAACACAUACAGACAUAUGCUUCUUUCAUUUUUGGUCAUUUUGGUAUUUUUCAGAUAUGUUGAAAAAAUUGUCCGUGAAAGAUUUGCUGUGUCAGUGAGUCGUGGUCUGACUGACCUACGUAUAAAUAAACCAACUCAGUCACCAAUCAAUGGAUUAAUACAAAAUACUGUGGUAGAGGUAAGUCACUGAACACAUGUGCUGUAGUGUAUGUGUUGCAUUUCACAUUGACUACUACCACAGCAAAAUUGUGUAUUUUUGAUAUUUCUACACUCUGUGAUUUCUUUAUAUGUUAUUUUAAUGGCAACUUUCUUCUUUCUAUAAAAUUAAAGCCCAUUGAGUUGUAUAUGUUAUUUAACAGAGAUGCAAUAAUCUGUUUUAUGAUUUGAUUUUGUUUUGUGCAGACAUAUAGUAAAACUACCAGCAUGAUUCAGUACAAACAAAUGGAGCAUAUAAAAGAGACAAUACGUGCGCUGAAUGUCCUGUAUGUGUAUGACAGAAGCUAUGAGCCCUACCUUGUCUACUGGCUGUUUCCUAUCCAGCUGGCAUUUAGGAGCAAGGAGGCCAUGUCAGAUGACAAAGGUAUGGGACGGUCAUUUACAAAGAAUUAUUCAAAAUAUAGAUCUUUCUCCUUGAACACUGUCCACUUGUUUGACCUCUAACCUUAUGACAGUGCAUAGAAAUUAAACACAUUUUCUAGUACAUUUACACCUCUCACAAACCAAAAUGAUAAAAUCAUGGAUUUAAGAAUGUAAUGUGAAAUAGGUUUGUGCACUUGUCAAAGCUUGCAAUGGAUUUUAGAAUGUAACAUCCACUAGGUGUGUGCACUUGUCAAAGCUUGCAAUGGAGCACCUAUUUACUCUUAUGAUUUUGGCAUACAAUGAUUUUACAUCAAAACCCGCCAUUCUUACAAUUUUAAGAGACCGGGUUGAAAAUAUAUAAAUUCCUGUAUACUCCCCCCCCCUCCCCCUGGAAAAAUAAAUAAAUUAACUACUGGUAAUUAAAAAGUACAUUUUUGUUUGUUAGUUUUAAUUUGCAUUCUACACCCAGCAGUGAAUGGCUCAAGAAAAUACGAUUGGCUGGUUACAAUCUAUAAGUAUAUUAUGUUUGCCCUGCGAGGCAAAAGGAGUGGUGUUAAUUUUGAAGAUUUUGCGUGGGGGGGUGGUCUAAAUAUUUCAGCAUAUAAAAUUACACCACCACAUUUCGUAACGUUGGGAAGGGGGGGGGGUGUCUUGGCAGAAAGUAUCUGCAUUACUAAAUAAUUCUACAAUAUUUAUCUCAAACCUCUGAAAGGCCAAAAAUAGCAUAUUUAAUUCUCAAAUGCUGUAAAAUGUCACCCGAUGUUUAGUAGGAAUUAUGGUCUUGAUGUUGCCAUGUAUUUUCAGAAUAUUUUUCAGAUAGUACUCAGUAGUAGAGGUGUUAUAGUAAUAUUUAGUCCCCCUGUAUAUUCAAUGUGCAUGUGACAUAUAAUUUGUUGGGGUAUGCCAGUGGUUCUAAAAUUUUCGUUUCCUGGCGCCUUUGCCAAAUUUAGGGUUUCACUUGGCUCUAACAAGUACACUUCGAAAUAGCGAAUACAUAAACAAAAUAAAAUAAAGGGUUUGGCAAAAAUAAAUAUAACAUGUAUGUAGGUUACUAAGCGCCAUCUAGUAACUGCAAACAUUAUUUACUCAAGUGAUUUACUGUUUGCACCAUGGCCGAAAGUUUUCACACUGGAUUAAAAGUGGAAAUGAAAUUAUGAAAUUGUUUAAUAUUUCACAACGCCUCUGUGAGGAAGCCGCAGCAACCCAUAGAGACAAAAUAUUCCCCUCACCCGGGCGGACCAGUAAAAGGACAACUUAUUGUGCUUGUUUCUGUAAAGUCAAUGCAAUUUUAUAGUUUAAUGACCUAUGAAGGUCCUUUCUAUAAUUAGCUAUGAAGGUCCUUUCUAAGGGCGAUUUAGCCGCCCCCUGAUUCUGGCAUCUGUGGCUCUUUGCCCCAUUCUCAUGGCCCUACUUGAGGUAACCAGAACCCAGGGCGAUGUGGCAGAUUUUCUUGGAAUCACUGGGCACGCUGAAUCGCCAGUAGUGAAAACCUGUGUCACAUGUGUUUACUGUAACAUCAGAUAAAUGUAAAAAUUAUUGGGGGUUGUUAGCUCAUGGUAACAAAGCAAGGGGGGUGUCCAAAAAGGGAGGGGGUUAGAAAAUGUGACUUUUUUGCGUGCAUACUAUAUAGACGGCCUUCUCGCAUUUGUUUGCUUCGGUGCUAUAUGAUGCAAUUUUAAGACAUAAUUAUUUCUUUCAAUUGACCACGGAGAGUACAGAAACUGGAGAAUGUAUUCUUAACUGUUCCAUGCAGCAAUAUUAGAUUUCAAUAUAUUGUAUAGGAUCUGAGAGGGCCUUUGAAACCUAUUUUUUAGAAUGCACAAAACAGCUGUACGAUUUUUAAUACCCCCUUUCCUUUCACCCAUUUACAGCUUGUCAUAGUUAUCAGACUGAAUAUGUGAAUGGAAAAUAGGCAUAGUGGAUAUUGAUCCUUAUUUUUUUUAAAUGACGCCCUAAAUUGUCAAUUGAUUCUUAUUUUAAUCAAUUUAGUUAUAAGCUGAAUUGACGUCGAGUUUUAACCAUGUUAAAUUUCUCCAGUAGCUUUAUUUUUAACAGUGAUAGACUGCAAUAAUGUGAUCUGCAUGUUUACCUAAAUACUAAUUGAAAGAGAAAUGCAGUUGAGCCACUUGUCAAAGUGUAGUACUACAUAGCUACUCCAUCGUCUUAAGAAGAUGGAAGGAUGCCAUAUAAUUGAUAUCUACAGCAGAUGCACGUCAGCAAAACAAAUUGACCGCAGUUUGCAAUAUAAGCAUCAGUCAUGUGCUUUUAACCUUCAUUUCAAUUUUUUUAUACCAGCUUAACUCGAUUCCACUGGACAUGUGAUGCCAGUAGUUAUUGUAUACAUUAUGUAUACUGAUUAUUUAUUUGCUAUUAAGAUACUGUAUUGUACGAGUUUGAGACGAUAUUGUAUGACUUUAGGAGUUUGAAGGUAAACAGGUCUGGCAAUGGAUUUUUAGCAUGUAGCAUCCACUAGGUGUGUGCACUUGUCAAAGCUUGCUAUAUAUUUAAAGAUGGUAUUUUUUUAAAAUUACCUUUGACCUUCAGGUGAGCACAUCUUGGAGCUGGCUAUGUAUUUGGACCUUCUGAACUCCAACUGUUUCCCCACAUGGCCCCAUGUGUUUGCAAUGGCUGAGCAGGUCAUGAUGAGACUAGAGAAAGAUGACCCACAACUUCAUAACCACCUGAGAAGGAUUGCACCUAUCAAUGCCCAGGUUAAUCCCAAGGUAAGAGCUAACACAUAUGUUUAUUAACAUGGCAUACUGUCAACAUAACACAUAUGUUCAUUAACAUAACAUACUGUCAACAUAACACAUAUGAUUAUUAACAUAACAUACUGUCAACAUUAUUGCCUUGUUUAUCCCAAAAUAUCAUACUGUCAACAUUAUUGCAUUGUUUAUCCUGACAUAACAUACUGUCAACAUAAUUGCCAUGUUUAUUCUAACAUAUACUGUCAACAGUAUUGCCUUAUUUACCCUAACAUAACAAUACUGUCAACAUUAUUACCUUAUUUACCCUAAGGUAACAUACUGUCAACAGUAUUGCCUUGUUGACCUUAACAUAACAUACUGUCAACAUUAUUACCUUAUUUAUCCUAACAUAGCACUGUCCACAUGAUUGCCCAUAAUAAGUCUUAAGUAGAAUGUUGCUAACUCUAAUGCAGGAGUUUCUGGUCCAACUUCUCCACCAAGAGAGAGAGCAAGCUGAGGCCCUCUUACAGCUGACUACAACAAACACCCCCAGAGCUCCUAGUUCAUCAACUCAAUUCUUAGCAGAUCCAACAAUAUUUUUGAGGAGAUGGAUUGGAGAGGUAAGUCAGAAAUUCAUUGAAUCAUAAAAUCUUUUUGUAAGUCAGUUGUCAAUGAGGAAAUUUGUCAACUAGACAAUGAGGAAGUUUGUCAACUAGACAAUGAGGAAGUUAGUCAACCAGACAACAAGGAAGUAAGUCAAAUAGUCAUUGAGGAUGUAAGUCAGAUAGCCAAUGAGGAAGGAAGUCAGUUAGGAAGUGAGUCAACUAGUCAAUGGGGAAGUAAGUCAACUAGUCAAUGGGGAAGUAAGUUAACUAUUCAAUGGGGAAGUAAGUCAACUAGUCAAUGGGGAAGUAAGUCAACUAGUCAAUGGGGAAGUAAGUCAACUAGUCAAUGGGGAAAUAAGUCAACUAGUCAAUGGGAAGUAAGUCAACUAGUCAAUGGGGAAGUAAGUCAACUAGUCAAUGGGGAAAAAAGUCAAUGAGGAAGUCACUCAACUAGUCAAUGGGGAAGUAAGUCAACUAUUCAAUAGGGAAAUAAGUCAACUAGUCAAUGGGGGCAGUAAGUCAUUUAUCAAUAGAGUAGUGAAUUAGCUAGUUAAAAGGGAAGUACAUCAACUAGUCAAUGGGGAAGUAACUCAACUAGUCAAUGGGGAAGUCAGUCAACUAGUCAAUGGGGCAGUAACUCAACUAUUCAAUGGGGAAAUAAGUCAACUAGUCAAUAGGGAAAUAAGGCAACAAGUCAAUGGUGAAAUAAGUCAACUAGUCAAUAGGGAAGUAAGUCAACUAGUCAAUGGGGAAAUAAGUCAACUAGUCAACGGGAACGUAAGUCAACUAGUCAAUGAGGAAGUAAAUCAUUUGUCAAUAGAGUAGUGAGUUAGCUAGUUAAGAGGAAAGUAAGUCAGCUUGUUAGAAGGUAAGUUGGUUUGUCAAUGGGGAACUAAGUCAGUUAGUUAAUGGGAAAGUAUGGCAGUUAGUAAUUGAGGAAGUUUUUCAGCUAGCUAGUCAAUGAACGGUUAUUUGGGGGGGGGGGUGUGGAUGUUAAGUCAGUGGCAUCAUUCAAAGCAGGUAAAGUUUCUUUUAAGUUUGUAAUAUUUGUAUUCAUAUGUGAAUGUAGGGAUAUUUUCUAAGUGUGUGAUCUAAUUUGUACUCUGAUGUCUGACAGGGUUUAUUAAGUGUGUGAUCUAAUUUGUACUCUGGUGUCUGGCAGGGUUUAUUAAGUGUGUGAUCUAAUUUGUACUCUGAUGUCUGACAGGGUUUAUUAAGUGUGUGAUCUAAUUUGUACUGUGAUGUCUGACAGGGGUUUGUUAGUGUCUUGGACACUCCAGGUGUGAUGUACAUUUGGGACCAGUUGUUCAUGCAGAAUUGGACCGAAACAGCCAUCAUCAAUGUUUGCCUAAGUCUGAUGGAGUUGCUGCGGCACAAGUUCAUGGAGGCUUACGACUACAUCACGAUGAAGGAGGUCAGAGUUGGUCUGCAUUUGUUUGACAGUUCUAAAGCACUGAUGCUGUAUUCUACGUAGUAUUAAAUAAAUUGUCCUCAUUUAAUAUUAUACUCGGUCAUGAGAAAAACUUCCACCAUAAGCCCCAGCUUUUGUGAAGAGCCAUUGAAGCGGCCAAUCUAAAGGCAUUCUCUUUACAUUGUGACAGGUUUUCCUGAUGGAGCCCUGCAAGCUGUACACUGUGGACUUUCAAAUGGCGUGGAUUCAUCUAGAGAAUGGCAAACCUCUCCUAGACAUCAAUGAUCAAUUCAACAGACAGAGACCUUUGUAAGCAUACAGCACUACACGUCUGUACAGACGUAUAAACCCACAAAUGUAUUAUUGAACCUCUUUCAUCCAUGGCUUUUUUGUGGUCAUUGAUUACUGUGAUUCAACAUUUACAUCACCAUUCACAUUUAUUUGGUCAAUAGUUACUUUAACUCAACAUCACCAUUGACAUUUAAAUGGUUAUUGCUUACUUUGAGUAAUCAUUAUCAUCACCAUUGACAUUUAAAUGGUUAUUGCUUACUUUGAGUAAUCAUUAUCAUCACCAUUGACAUUUAAAUGGUUAUUGCUUACUUUGAGUAAUCAUUAUCAUCACCAUUGACAUUUAAAAAAAAAAAGAUUUUCAUCAUACAAAGUAAUGAUUGAACUUAAGUGAAUAUGUGAAAUGCAUCAAGAUUGUGAGGCCUCACCAUUGAACACAAGAAGUGAAUAUGUGAAAUGCAUCAACAUUGUGAGGCCUCACCACAUUUAAGUUAUGAUAACAAUGAAAAAUGUUGCUAAUUUUAAUUUGAUAAUAGAAGAUCUUCAAAUAUCCAUAGUUCCAGGUGGAAAUGUCAUAACCAGCUGACAGUAGCUGCCAUGACAUAGCCAGCUGACAGUAGCUGCCAUGAUGUAGUCAGCUGACAGUAGCUGCCAUGACAUAGCCAGCUGACAGUAGCUGCCAUGACAUAACCAGCUGACAGUAGCUGCCAUGACAUAACCAGCUGACAGUAGCUACCAUGACAUAGCCAGCUGACAGUAGCUGCCAUGAUGUAGUCAGCUGACUGUAGCUGCCAUGACAUCGAAGUCUGUGGCACUACAUCCCAUGCAUUGUGUUAGAUAGCUGCUUGAUAUGACACAACAGAUGCUCACAUUUAUUACUUUAUGUCCAAGAUUCAUAUACACAAACAAGUACAUUAAGUUGUACAGAUAUCUCACUAGAUUUUCAUAUAAGAUUCUUUAACACGGAUGACAUCCAUUGAUUCCAGGUCGGCAUCAUCUGAUGUCAGUGUCGUGCUUUCUGACAGAGACUCACCUGAACUCGGCAUCUUAAAACCAUGUGGCAUUAAAAACAUGCGCUCCUGCCUGACAUUUCCAUCUAGUUCUAUUCAGAAGGUUUGUUCACCUCAGUGGUGACUUCAAAUUUUCUAUUGAAAUAAUUGACUGGAUUAAUGGUUCACUCUCUUUGAACUUGUUUCAGUUGAAUGGGUAGAUGUUAGAGUAACAUUCACUAGAGUAACACUCACUUGCCAGAUGUUAGAGUUACAUUCACUAGAGUAACAUUCACUUGCCAGAUGUUAGAGUAACAUUCACUAGAGUAACAUUCACUUGCCAGAUGUUAGAGUAACAUUCACUAGAGUAACAUUCACUUGCCAGAUGUUAGAGUAUCAUUCACUAGAGUAACAUUCACUUGCCAGAUGUUAGAGUAACAUUCACUAGAGUAACAUUCACUUGCCAGAUGUUAGAGUUACAUUCACUAGAGUAACAUUCACUUGCCAGAUGUUAGAGUAACAUUCACAAAAGUAACAUUCACUUGCCAGAUGUUAGAGUAACAUUCACAAAAGUAACAUUCACUUGCCAGAUGUUAGAGUAAUAUUUACAAAAGUAACAUUCACAAAAGAAACAUUCACUUGCCAGAUGUUAGAGUAACAUUCACUAGAGUAACAUUCACUUGCCAGAUGUUAGAGUAACAUUCACAAAAGUAACAUUCACAAAAGUAACAUUCACAAAAGUAACAUUCACAAAAGUAACAUUCACUUGCCAGAUGUUAGAGUAACAUUUACAAAAGUAACAUUCACAAAAGUAAAAUUCACUUGCCAGAUGUUAGAGUAACAUUUACAAAAGUAGCAUUCACUAGAGUAACACUCACUUGCCAGAUGUUUGAGUAACAUUCACAAAAGUAACAUAAUUUACUUACCAGAUGUUAGAGUAACUUUCGCAAGAGUAACAUUCACUUGCCAGAUGUUAGAGUAACAUUCACAAAAGAAACAUUCACUUGCCAUAUGUUAGAGUAACAUUCACUAGAGUAAUAUUCACUUGCCAGAUGUUAGAGUAACAUUCACAAAAGUAACAUUCACAAAAGUAACAUUCACAAAAGUAAAAUUCACUUGCCAGAUGUUAGAGUAACAUUCACAAAAGUAACAUUCACAAAAAUAAAAUUCACUUGCCAGAUGUUGGAGUAACAUUCACAAAAGUAACAUUCACUUGCCAAAUGCUAGAGUAACAUUCACUAGAGUAACAUUCACUUGCCAGAUGUAAGAGGAAUAUUCACUAGAGUAACAUUCACUGGCCAGAUGUUAGAGUAACGUUCACUGGCCAGAUGUUAGAGUAACAUUUACUGGCUAGAUUAGAUGUUAGAGUAACAUUCACUGGCUAGAUGUUAGAGUUACAUUCACUGGCCAGAUGUUAGAGUAACAUUCACUGUCCAGAUGUUAGAGUAACAUUCACUGAGCAGAUGUUAGAGAAACAUUCACUGGCUAAUGAAUGUUUGUAACAGUAUAGAGCAUGACUUAUCUUUGUUUAGCUCACAGUGAUUUAACUGAUCUGUCCUACUCUUAGGAACCGUGGCUCGCCAACAUCCAGGGAGAAGAUCUUAGACUGAAUGUUGGCGUUUACUUUGGCAGUGUCAAGUUGCGCUCUCGUCUGUCUCACAGUCUGGCUGUGGUUACUGCAAAAACUAAAGAUAGCUAUGGUUCUUUUGUGUUGGAGCUAGAAUUUCCUGGAGAGCACUACAUUUAUGAUAUGUUGGAUCUGUCCACAUAUGAUGUCGAACGUGAACUUGGAGCAUACCCAUAUGUCAUCAUUAAAUUAGAACGUUUGCAGCGAACAAGUGGACGAAACUCAGGUUCUCUUAUUUACCUCUUAUAUUUGAUCCAUUGUUGUUGUCAUAAAACAUAAACGGCAGUACUGUUCGGUUCAGUUUGUGUUAUCAUAGAACUAAUUGGGCAGUAGACAGAGAACUAAGAGUUGACCACCAGGUGAUAAAUGUUGGGAAGCACAAAACAAACCCAGAUGGUGCAGAAGCCUGGAGUUUUUACAAUCAUUUAUAUUAAUUCUAUUCAAGGACCAAUAACUUUGGGCUGGAGUCGCAUCCCUUUGUAUCGUCAUGUCAAUCACCGUGACAACCAAGGCUUUUCCCUGAUAGAAGGGGACGUCACUGUGGCCCUCCAUCCUGGAGAUAUUCCAGAAAGUAUCAUUGCUGCCCAACCACAUACACCAUCAGAAGAAGAUAGAGUUGAAGGUCAGGUUUGAUUACCUUUCAUCAAAUAAUCCAUUAGUAAAUCUCCACUUUGUUUAAUUCCAUUUCAUAAAAAUAUAUAUUUUUGAAUUAAAAAAUAGAUGUGGCUCCAUUAGAUUUUUUCCUAAAAUAAUAUGUUUAUCAUUCUAAUAACAUAUCUGUUAACUGAUUCUGAAGAUUGGUUAGUUUGAUGAGUUGUAUUCUUUAUUAAGUUGGUCAUUUUGAUUAUAAUAAUUGAUCUGUCAUUGAGUAGUUGUUCUCUGACCUUUGAAUAGUUAGAGUUAUCUGUUGUUGGAGUUAUCUGUCAUUGAGUAGUUAAAGUUAUCUGUCCAGGGUAAGUAGACUUUUCUCUGUCCUUGUGAAGGUAAAGUUAGCUAUUUUUGGAUAGGUUUUUCUUACCAUAUAGCCUUUACCAGUCCUUAAUUAUGUGUAGUCGAGUUAUAAAUGGGAUCAUCUAUUCACAGGUACCUUGUUGGGAUACAACUGCACUUUCUCAGCAUAUGUCUUUGACCCCAACAAUGAACCCAGCAACCGCAAGGUGAAGCCCUUGAAAGCUGAAGUCAUCCCAGCAGUUGCACCAUUAGACACUAGAGUCAGCAAGUAUGUAUUUGCACCAUUAGACACUAGAGUCAGCAAGUAUGUAUUUGCACUAUUAGACACUAGAGUCAGCAAGUAUGUAUUUGCACCAUUAGACACUAGAGUCAGCAAGUAUGUAUUUGCACCAUUAGACACUAGAGUCAGCAAGGAUGUAGUUGCACCAUUUGACACUAGAGUCAGCAAGUAUGUAUUUGCACCAUUAGACACUAGAGUCAGCAAGUAUGUAUUUGCACCAUUAGACACUAGAGUCAGCAAGGAUGUAGUUGCACCAUUUGACACUAGAGUCAGCAAGGAUGUAUUUGCACCAUUAGACACUAGAGUCAGCAAGUAUGUAGUUGCACCAUUAGACACUAGAGUCAACAAGUGUGUAGUUGCCCCAUUAGACUCUAGAGUCAGCAAGGAUGUAGUUGAUAGAAUUAAUGUGGUCAAAAGUUAACAUACCAAUGUUUUGACGUUAGUCACCAGAUGUAGCAAGUUUGUUCUUGAUAGAAUUGGUACCCUUGUAUCUGUUCACAAGCAUGUUUUUACCUUGACAGACCUGAAUCCCAGCCAGUCCAACAGUUGCCCUCCCCAGCCAAACGUCCAACCCCCAAACCUGAGACGGACCCCCUGGAUGAAUGGAUCCCUUACAACCCGAGUGCAGCAAAAUCUGAUCCUAAGCCAACAACAAACAGAGACCCCUUUGUCCUUCACAUCGAUUCAGUGCGACACUUACCUGACAGUGCCACUAUCAUCAAGGUGAGAGUACAUACCUAGUAGUGCCACUAUUAUCUAAGUCUGUUUAUCUACCUGACUGUCCCACUAUUUCACCACUUGGCUUCAUGGUUGAAGAAAGAAUUCUAGCAAAUAACAGUGUACAUUAAGUUUAUUUUAAUACUGAAAUUCAACACUGACCUACUUGACUAACUUGAUGUAAAGAAAAGCAGUAUUCUUAUUUGUCUUUCUUGUUUACUAAAAACUGCCAGUGUGAGAAAUAAAAGUGACUUUGACUAUUCAAAAUGAUCCAAAUAGUUUGAUGGUUAUAAAGUCAAACAGCUGGCAUUGAGUUAUAGUAUUUGGUAAUACUGUCAUUUUACAACUGACUGGCGCCAUAAGAUUUCUAUGUCCCGGUCACGAAGCUUCAGUUCAUUUUCCUGUAUGUCAACUGUAUGAAGAUGAAGAAAAGCUUGACUAACUGGUGGAAGGGUUGCUGUAGCAGCACCAGAAAGACCAUCAAGUGAUCUGCAACACAAAUACAUAUUCCUGACAAUCCUACAAAAUUGGCUUGAAAACCCACCUUAGAUGAAAUCUGGUAAUGAACUUAAUGAUCUAACUUGAAAACUUACCUUAGAUGAAAUCUGGUAAUGAACUUAAUGAUCUAACUUGAAAACUUACCUUAGAUGAAAUCUGGUAAUGAACUUAAUGAUCUAACUUGAAAACUUACCUUAGAUGAAAUCUGGUAAUGAACUUAAUGAUCUAAUUUGAAAACUUACCUUCGAUGAAAUCUGGUAAUGAACUUAAUGAUCUAACUUGAAAACUUACCUUAGAUGAAAUCUGGUAAUGAACUUAAUGAUCUCAUUUGAAAACUUACCUUAGAUGAAAUCUGGUAAUGAACUUAAUGAUCUAAUUUGAAAACUUACCUUCGAUGAAAUCUGGUAAUGAACUUAAUGAUCUAACUUGAAAACUUACCUUCGAUGAAAUCUGGUAAUGAACUUAAUGAUCUAACUUGAAAACUUACCUUAGAUGAAAUCUGGUAAUGAACUUAAUGAUCUAAUUUGAAAACUUACCUUAGAUGAAAUCUGGUAAUGAACUUAAUGAUCUAACUUGAAAACGUAUCUUGGAUGAUAUCUUGUAAUGAACAUAAUGAUCAAACUUGAUCCAGCUGUUCUUUUGUCACAAAGUUACAAACUAUUGAACAAUGCAACAGCUGAUCUGAUUCCAUAUGACUGGCAAAUAGUGCAAGUUUCUUCUGAAAGGAAAGUCUUUUGAAGCUCUAUGACAAGCUUGUUAUUACUUUGUCCUGAACUCUUCAGCUUUCCAUGAUCAUCUUGCCCCAUACUUGUGCCUGCCAUCCCCAGGCUUCUUAAAGUGCACACUUGAGAGACACUCCAUCACAACUCAUCAAUUAGCCUAAACCGCUCCAAAACGCUCCUUCAUCCUUAAUGCACAAGAAAAUCCCCAUGUUCUACACAUGACCCUUUUACGCAACUGUACCGCAAUGAUGAACAAAUUCAUAUGGAAUCUAUAUGUUUAAUGAGUAUCAUCAUUUCAGCACAUUCCGUGAUUAGAUAUUAUUCUCUAUUGAAUUGCCUUAAGAAGACUGGCAAGAUCUAUGUCAGAAGAUCUUUGUCCCUUCCAGUCUUAGACAGAGCAUCAUCAGUUGUCAGAAGAUCUUUGUCCCUUCCAGUCUUAGACAGAGCAUCAUCAGUUAUCAGAAGAUCUUUGUCCCUUCCAGUCUUAGACAGAGCAUCAUCAGUUGUCAGAAGAUCUUUGUCCCUUCCAGUCAUAGACUGGGCAUCAUCAGUUUUCAGAAGAUCUUUGUUCCUUCCAGUCAUAGACUGGGCAUCAUGAGUUGUUAGAAAGACAAGUUUUCUGCCAUCAACUUCAUUUUUUGUAAUUACCUCAGACAUCACAACAAAACUCAUCCCGGCUCAGGUCUGGUGAUGCAGUGGAAGUAACAUCAGGAAACCUCCAAUGAAAGACUCUCCAUGGCAACGUCUGCUUUAUCAGUGGCCUCAUCAACAGCCAGAGCAAAGGAUUCAGAUUCUCUGAGACGUUCAACCAACAGAUCACACACACAGUUUCAGCAAGCUCAUCAUUUUGACUCCAUGCUGAGUCGUCAGUAGUGGGACUGUUUCUAUGUCAUCCUAGAGUCUACACAUCAGACACUUCAGGCUCUUUCAAGAAGAAAUACAUCGUUUUUUUACCACUUCUGAGAUCAACGGGGGCCAGUUGAAAUAGCCUACAUGGCCCACAUUCCAGCUGAAAUUGCCUAUAUGGUGCACAUUCCAGUUGAAAUUGCCUAUAUGGCGCACAUGCCAGUUGAAAUUGCCUAUAUGCCCCACAUGCCAGUUGAAAUUGCCUAUAUGGCGCACAUUCCAGCUGAAAUUGCCUAUAUGCCCCACAUGCCAGUUGAAAUUGCCUAUAUGCCCCACAUGCCAGUUGAAAUUGCCUAUAUGGUGCACAUUCCAGCUGUAAUUGGCUAUAUGCCCCACAUGCCAGUUGAACCCUGAUUUAAGACAAAACAAUAAUUUUUUUAUAUAAAUAACAGAAUUUAUUGAAAGAGCUUUUUAUCCAGUUCUGAAUGACUGUCUUAUGAUUCUGUUAAUAGUGUGUAAUGUUAUCAAGUAUAUUUUAUUUCAAUGUCAGUUCUGUUAAAUAUCUUACUCAAUCUGUUUAAUAUAUUACUCAAUCUGUUCAAUAUACUACUCAAUCUGUUCAAUAUCUUACUCAAUCUGUUCAAUAUCUUACUCAAUCUGUUCAAUAUCUUACUCAAUCUGUUCAAUAUCUUACACAAUCUGUUCAAUAUCUUAUUCAAUCUGUUCCAUAUUUCUAGGUGACUGGGCGAAUUCUCCGAGCAGGCAACAUAACAAAUCUGCAAGAUAUACUGGCUAUUCCUGAGCUGGACAGCUCGGCAAGAUCUCCGAAAUUUAACUUCAACAUGCUGGUUAAUGAAGGACAACAGAUUGCUGACCCAGAACUACUGCUCUUUCUCAGAGUCUACACGCAUGACCUUGAGACAAAUACUACUGUAGUCGUUGGAAGCUGUCUUGUCAGAGUUUUCACCCCUGGCAAGAAAAAAGGAGUAUGUACAGCCAACAUAAUCAUUAAGCUACUGUGUAUACCCAACAUAAUCAUUGAGCUUGAGUGUAAACUCAACAUAAUCAUUAAGCUAGUGUGUAUACCCAAGAUAAUCAAUAAGAUAGUGUGUAUACCAAACAUAAUCAUUGAGUUAGUGUGUACACCAAAACAAUAUUGUUGAGUUAGUGUGUACACCCAACAAUAUUGUUGAGUUAGUGUGUACACCCAACAAUAUUGUUGAGUUAGUGUGUACACCCAACAAUAUCAUUGAGUUAGUGUGUACACCCAACAAAAUCAUUGAGUUAGUGUGUACACCAAUGUUCCCUUUAAGCUGCGCGGCUAUGUGGCUACGCAGCAAUCUCACAGACACCGCGCAGCAGUUUUGAGUACAGCGCAGCUAAUUCCCAUUUAAGUGUGUGUUAGUGUCUGUAGGCUGUAAAAUUUUGCACACAAAUAAUUGAUGCUGUAAAAAUUUGCACACAAAUUUAUUUUGCACACGAACCAACAAACCUUAGAAGGAACAUUGGUGUACACCCAACACUAUCGUUGAGUUAGUGUGUACACCCAACAAAAUAUCAUUGAGCUAGUAGGUACACCCAUGACGUUCCUCUGUCUGACUCUGGCCAGCUGGUUUGAGUAAGCUUGCUGAUUACUAUUGUGUGAAGUGGAGAGACAUGACCAGGAUAUCUGGUCAGAACUCUCCGGACACUGUGUUCCUCUAUGUUGACAAGGUCAUCUUUUAUUUUUGUUCAGGAGGGCUACUUGUGUGUGGGAGGUCAUGAGCUGCGUCUCUACUCAGGGAUGCCCAACACCAAAGAUGGCCUCAAUCAGAUCAAUGCCACUGACCUGGACAGCAACCCCGUACUUCCUGGCUGCACUUUGUUGCUUCGUCUCUUGCCACAAUCAAAUGUACAUUUCUUUACUCAAUUAAUAAGAAAUUAUGACCAUAAACAAAUCCUCCACACUCAAAUCUACCUCAUUGAAAUACCACCCAUUAAUCCACAACACACAUAUCCACCACACACUGACCCACAAAAAACAUCCACAUUACACACAUCCAUAAUACUCUUAUCCACAACACACAUCAAUUGCACACUAACCCACAACAAUCUUAUCCACAACACACUCACCACAAACAAACCCACAGCAGUUAUCCACCAUACAUAUCCACCACACAUGAAUUCACUAACAUACUUAUCCACCACACACAAACCCACAAUAUAAUUAUCCAUCACACAUAUCCACCACACCUGUAUCCACAAGACACAUAGCCACCACACAUGCAUGCACAAUAUACUUAUCCACCAUGCACAAACCCAGAGCACAAUUAUCCACCACACAUGUAUCCACAACAUACUUAUCCACCGCACACGUACCCACUGCACAAUUAUCCACCUCACAUAUCCACCACACAUGUAUCCACAUCAUAGUUAUCCACCACACACAAACCCACUGCACAAAUAUCAACAACACAUAUUCACCACCCACCAACCCACUGAUCCACAAAAUAUUAACCUACAACACACUUCUCCACAACACACUUCUCCACAACACACUAAUCCAGCUUUGAUGGAUUUCCUAUUUGUGUGUAUUGAAAUUUCAGCAUCCAGUGCCAGCUCCCAAGUAUUCCUCAGGGUAUUACAAGUCAGAGAAGAGCAAGCCAACAGCAUCUGAACUGAGGCUGUAUGCCAGCUAUGCUGCUGACAACAAGAGAUCUGUCAGAGACGUCAUCACAAAACUGCAGCACUUUGAGAACUCACCUUAUAAAGGUGACAUCACACUAGCCUACAUGCUUUCAUCAGUCUUCUCAAUCAUACGACUUAAACUCAUACGGUUCUAGAAUAGGAUGGCUUUGUAGUAUCACAAGGUGUAUUUGUACCGGUACAGACUUACUAACCAAGCUUAAAAUAAGAUGACUUUGUAGAAACAAGUGGAAUGAUAAAAAAAAAAUGUAUAAAUUGUGUUUACUUUUGUUAUUAUUUCAGAUGGCUCUGACAUCCAGCUGACCAAGUGGAUUGUGGAUAAAUUGGAUAUCAAGAAACAACAAGGAGUAAAUAAAGCAGCAGCAAAUCUUGCAUUGCAUCGAUGCAUUCGUUACAGAGUCAAAGUUGGACUCAAUGUACACAUAAAAUCAGCUGUGGGCCUACCAGGUAAAUAUCAACAUGUGUGAUGCAGAUAGAGUAACAACAUGCCACGGGUUAAGGGUGGGGCAAGAGUAACAACAUGCAUCGGGUUAAGGGUGGGGCAAGAGUAACAACAUGCCACGGGUUAAGGGUGGGGCAAGAGUAACAACAUGCCACGGGUUAAGGGUGGGGCAAGAGUAACAACAUGCCACGGGUUAAGGGUGGGGCAAGAGUAACAACAUGCAUCGGGUUAAGGGUGGGGCAAGAGUAACAACAUGCAUCGGGUUAAGGGUGGGGCAAGAGUAACAACACGCCACGGGUCAAGGGUGGGGCAGACUUUUAGUUGGUAUGAUUGCUGGUGAAGAAGGAACCACCUGGAAGUUUGGUUGGUUUAGAUAUAGAGCAUUAGUGUUGUUAUGACCGGUGGUCCAUAGUUAGCUCUGCAGGCUGAGGCAAGUUAAUACAGAGCAUUAGUGUUGUUAUGACUGGUGGUCCAUAGUUAGCUCUGCAGGCUUAGGCAAGUCAUCCAUGGUUACAGUUUGAUUAGUUUGAGGAGUACUCAAGAAAACUUGGACAAGUUCCUUUUAAUUGACAACUAAUCUGAUUGACUUAUUUUUACUUUCCGGUCACCUAAGGUGAUUUAUUUAGAUCAUGUCAGGUGAUGACCUUUAUGGUCGGAAUGUUUAGUGGUCUGGUCACCCCAUGCGUCUUCACCUAAGGUGAUUUAUUUAGAUCAUGUCAGGUGAUGACCUUUAUGGUCGGAAUGUUUAGUGGUCUGGUCACCCCAUGCGUCUUCACCUAAGGUGAUUUAUUUAGAUCAUGUCAGGUGAUGACCUUUAUGGUCGGAAUGUUUAGUGGUCUGGUCACCCCAUGCGUCUUCACCUAAGGUGAUUUAUUUAGAUCAUGUCAGGUGAUGACCUUUAUGGUCGGAAUGUUUGGUGGUCUGGUCACCCCAUGCGUCUUCUUAUUUGUUUAAUGUCCCAAGUGGACCAGUAAGGUCAAAAUUGGAAUCCACAUUAGUCAUUAUUUUUAAUAUUUUUUGUAUAUCCAAUGUUUGUAUAUCUGGUAGACAUCUUGUGCAUCCAAUGUUUCCUGUCUUGUAGAUGGCCUGCAUAUACAGUGCUUUGCAAGGCUUGCUCCAGGUAAACAAGCCAAGUAUCAGACAGCCAGUGAGGCGGGUCAUGGUAAGGAAGAGCAGUUCAUCACAACCAAGCUGUCCCCAACAAGUCAAUUAACAGCCCCUGUGUGGGAGGACGGUCACAAGGUAAAUUACUUCAAAAUAAGAUCAGUGAAAACAUUUCAUCUCCAGGAGCUGCAUCCAUGCUAUGUUAUUAUAUUAUAACCCCCAGGAGUUGCAUACAUUCUAUGUUAUAAUCCCCAGGAGCUGCAUCCAUGCUAUGACAACAACACUUGCCUUAUCAUUCAGCUCAUUGGACUUAAUGUGGUAUACAAACCCAAGGCAGACCACAAAACAGCUGGCACUGUGCAUCAACCUGAUGGUAGACCUCUGGAAAUAAACGCUCAGGAACUCAUCGGAUGGGCGGUUGUACCUCUUUUUGAAGGGUGAGAUAAAAACUCAAAUGAUAGAGAAGGCAUAUACCAACAGAGUAGGCUUCUUCAGACAAAAAUAGACGUCCUUGACCAUGGCGUUAUACUUGGUCUGUGUGUGGAUUGUCUCCCCACUCAGAAACAAAACCUGCCCCCACUGGUCCCAGCAUAAGCAAGAAGAAAUGAUCAAUUUGGCAUUAGUUCUGGCAGAACAUUACCGAAGAGGAUAUUUGUCAUGAAUUCUAGCAGAAUAUCACCCAAUAUGAUAUUUGUCAUUAGUUGUGGCAGAAUAUCACCCAAUAUGAUAUUUGUCAUUAGUUCUGGCAGAAUAUCUCCCAAUAUGAUAUUUGUCAUGCCUCAGUCAUGACAUCAAGGCUAACAUUCCCCUUGGCACUUGACUGAUUGGUUGGGUUAAGCCGGGUCUUCUGAGUCAUCUAAGGAUCAUUACUUCCUGGGUCAGCAGUGUCUGGCAAUGGACUUGAUCUACAUCACUACUAUAGACACAAUUUCACAAGCUUGAGGAUUGCUUGAUGGCCCACAUUAUGACUGGACAGUCAAAUUACUAGAGGGCAGUGGUUCUUAACUGGGGGUGAGAGAAGACCCAGAAAAUCUAGGUUAUUUGUAUUUAUUACCAUUUUUUAAUCAGAUGGGUUGCAAGAAAUAUGUUUUUAAAGCAAAUCGAGUUUGGGGGGGGGGGUGUGUUGGCAGCACUGCAAUAAGGUUAACCCCUGUAACAGAGGAAUGUGAUCUCUGGGGCAGAAANGUCUAGUUGUUUGGUGAGUAGCACCUGAUGGGUCUAGUUGUUUGUUGAGUAGCACCUGAUGGGUCUAGUUGUUUGGUGAGUAGCACCUGAUGGGUCUAGUUGUUUGGUGAGUAGCACCUGAUGGGUCUAGUUGUUUGUUGAGUAGCACCUGAUGGGUCUAGUUGUUUGGUGAGUAGCACCUGAUGGGUCUAGUUGUUUGGUGAGUAGCACCUGAUGGGUCUAGUUGUUUGUUGAGUAGCACCUGAUGGGUCUAGUUGUUUGGUGAGUAGCACCUGAUGGGUCUAGUUGUUUGGUGAGUAGCACCUGAUGGGUCUAGUUGUUUGUUGAGUAGAACCUGAUGGGUCUAAUUGUUUGGUGAGUAGUACCUGAUGGGUCUAGUUGUUUGGUGAGUAUCACCUGAUGGGUCUAUUUUCAAACAGGAAGGACAAGUACAACAAGAGCUUGAGUAUUUUAAAAAAAAUUUAUUGAAAACUACAAAAUAAUUUUUAAAAUGACAUAUUUUGUGUAGUAUUUUAAAAUUGAUGUUUUUGUUGUAAUGUACAGAAAUGCUGCCAAGUCUGGCUUGCAUAUGCUGCCUGUGUUGACACAUUCUCCUAGCGAGCAAACAGUGGAAGAACUUUCUGAGAAAUCAGCCGGGCAAGUGCUGCGUACAUUAACUGGUUCUAAACUGGUAAACUCUUGAUUUCACACUUGGAUGAUUGAAUGAUUGUGUCAAUGUUAAAUGGGACUGAACUCUUGCUUUAAUAGAAGUAUUUCAUUUGCACUUCCCAUCUGAGAUAUUGUUCCUCCCAAAAGAAAUUUCCUGGCACUUUGUAUGAAAUAGAGAGUAUACCACUAGAGAUGAUUUGACAUUAUGUAUAUCACUAGAGAUUUUCUGUCACUUUGUGUAUCAAAAGAGAUUUCCUGAUACUAUGUAAGCCAAUAGAGAUGUCCUGACAUGUAUACCAAUAGAGAUUAAUUGACACCAUGUAUACCAAUAAAGAUUAACUGAUGCUAUGCAUACCAAUAGAGAUUACCUGACACUAUGUAUACCAAUAGAUAUUAAUUGACACUAUUGUAUACCAAUCAAGAUUAAUUGACACUAUGUUUACAAAGUCUCAUUUAUUACAUGACAGAAUGGAGCAAGUCUUCAAGUGCAGAUUUGGGAUGCACAUUUCAGCUUUAAUGAGUUGCCACAACAAGAGGUAAAUUGUGCUGCAGUCAUAGUUCAGUUGUGCUGCAGUCAUAGUUAAAUUGUGCUGCAGUCAUAGUUAGUUUUGCAACCAACUUUAUUGUUUAACAAACAGUUUUUGUUUAAGUUACAUUCACUGUUGCUCUCAAAUAAACAUAAUUGGUAACUUCCAGGUCCACAAGUCUUUACUUGAUCUAUUGGGCAAUCCUGAUGGCCAGACGGUCAGAACAAAAGCAAACAGUCAAACAGUGCAAGACUUUGUCCUAUCUAUGUGUGAUGAGAAAGACAGGAAGCAGGGAUUGCAAGGGGUCACUUUGAACAAAGAGGUGACUUUCUUCAGUGAAACAAUGGCAAAAACUUUUGGAAAUCUCAUGGUGAGUUCAUGGAAAUACAGCAGUCAGCUGAUUAUAGAACUUCUUUUACUAAAAUACAGCAGUCAGCUUAUUAUAGCACUUCUUUUGAUAAAAUACAGCAGUCAGCUUAUUAUAGCAAUUCUUUUGAUAAAAUACAGCAGUCAACUGAUUAUAGCACUUCUUUUACUAAAAUACAGCAGUCAACAGAUUAUGGCACUUCUUUACUAAAAUACAGCAGUCAACUGAUUAUGGCACUUCCUUGAAUAAAAUACAGCAUUUCAUUUCUCUUGAUUAUUAGACUUCAUUUAUCAAGAACCACACAAUAUUAUUCCAUAAUCACAUUUUUGACUCACAAUCACACAUUUUUGAAUCACAAUCACACAUUUUUGAAUCACAAUCACACAUUUUUGAAUCACAAUCACACAUUUUUGACUCACAAUCACACAUUUUUGACUCACAAUCACACAUUUUUGAAUCACAAUCACACAUUUUUGACUCACAAUCACACAUUUUUGAAUCACAAUCACACAUUUUUGACUCACAAUCACACAUUUUUGACUCACAAUCACACAUUUUUGAAUCACAAUCACACAUUUUUGACUCACAAUCACACAUUUUUGACUCACAAUCACACAUUUUUGAAUCACAAUCACACAUUUUUGACUCACAAUCACACAUUUUUGAAUCACAAUCACACAUUUUUGACUCACAAUCACACAUUUUUGAAUCACAAUCACACAUUUUUGAAUCACAAUCACACAUUUUUGAAUCACAAUCACACAUUUUUGAAUCACAAUCACACAUUUUUGAAUCACAAUCACACAUUUUUGAAUCACAAUCACACAUUUUUGAAUCACAAUCACACAUUUUUGAAUCACAAUCACACAUUUUUGAAUCACAAUCACACAUUUUUGAAUCACAAUCACACAUUUUUGAAUCACAAUCACACAUUUUUGAAUCACAAUCACACAUUUUUGAAUCACAAUCACACAUUUUUGAAUCACAAUCACACAUUUUUGAAUCACAAUCACACAUUUUUGAAUCACAAUCACACAUUUUUGACUCACAAUCACACAUUUUUGAAUCACAAUCACACAUUUUUGAAUCACAAUCACACAUUUUUGAAUCACAAUCACACAUUUUUGACUCACAAUCACACAUUUUUGACUCACAAUCACACAUUUUUGACUCACAAUCACACAUUUUUGACUCACAAUCACACAUUUUUGACUCACAAUCACACAUUUUUGACUCACAAUCACACAUUUUUGACUCACAAUCACACAUUUUUGACUCACAAUCACACAUUUUUGACUCACAAUCACACAUUUUUGACUCACAAUCACACAUUUUUGACUCACAAUCACACAUUUUUGAAUCACAAUCACACAUUUUUGAAUCACAAUCAUACGUUUGACUCACAAUCAUACGUUUGACUCACCAUCACAAAUGGCUAAAAAAACAGACAUUGACUUUAAUGAAACUAAAACUAACUAGUAAUGUUCCCUUUAAGCCAGCAUUCUCCACGUUGCCGAUCUGCGAGCCUUAUGUUGCCCAUAGGCAUAUUUAGUGUCAAAUAAAAAGAAAGUAUGAUGAAUAGAUGUGGCACCUACCGGUCCCUGUUGCAGUUCAGAACUUAUUCACUGGUCGGACAAACUAAAACAUGAGCUUUAAGCUAUGUGCAUGCAUAAUGCAUACCAUGGGGAAAGGUGCGCCCGGCUGAAAAAGGUCUUGCACUCAAAUGUGUAACUUGUUUUCUUGUCUAAUGCUUAUCGCACAUUACACACAAUAAAAAAUUUCUUUGCAAAACUUUGCACAACAUCAAAACUUUGCACAACACCAAAAAUUUACUGACAGAAACUAGAAAAAAAUUAAAGGGAACAUUGCUAACUAAAGUCUGGCUUCUUUGACCUACAUAAACUUGUUUUCUAUCUUGCAGAUCAACUAUUGUCACAAGCAUGGCUUAAAUCCAUUAUAACUGAUGCAGUUAGCUGCUGAAUCAGACUGAUACAAACCUGUGCUAUGUUAUUGUCAGUAGCGAAACAUGUUGAAGAUUAUCACUUAGCUAUUUAAACGUUCAACAAUUCUAUUGAUACUUUCCUUUGCAAUCCAAUGUUACAUCAAAUGAAAUCCUUGGUUUGGUAAUGCAUUAUAUUUUUUAAGCAUUUUUUAGGGGAUAUUUUUAGGCAUUGUAUUUAUUUGAGAUUUUAUUUUGUUGGUAUCAUGUUAACAUGUUUGUUGGAGCUGACCCAUGUUAUUGUUAAGUUAAAGUAACAUGUUUGUUGGAGCUGACCCAUGUUAUUGUUAAGUUAAAGUAAACAUGAAACAAAAAGAUUAGACUUUUUGAAACAGAAAUCUACUUGCAGUGUUGCAGGAUUUUGAAGAUAUCGUUUUUUUUAACUUCUUGAUCUUGUAAGUUUUUAUUUUUAUAUAAUAUCAUUUACAUUAAAUUUUUAUUCUCUAAACUUUAAUGACAAACAUAUCUACCUUUCUCGUCCAAGGUAAAAAUCAGAAUUUGAAGACCAUGCAUGUAAUGUGAUCCCAUACACAUUUGUAAAUAAUGACCAUUGCUGCCAUGUGUAAAAUACUUGUUAUAUUUCAACUAUAUUUACCUGAUACCUUCAUCACCAUAAAAUUAUUAAUAGUAUUUUUUCUGAAAUGACUUUUGCCUUCUGUCAAAUUUCAGCAAGACAAUGUCUUCUUCUACCCAAACACUACUACAAUUAGUGUCCCUGCAAUCCCUGCAUUUCAUUAGAAAUUUUACCUAUUUUUUCUUUUUUUGUCUUCAGUUUUGACUAAUGCAACAUUUUAUCUUUGGUAGAGCAUGUAAAUAUAAGCAAUAAUUUAAGACCCACAACUCUUGUGUGUGAACAUGAAAUAGUAUUUUAACAUUUUUGAUUUCCUCCCAUGUCCACUAGUUUCAUUUGUUUAUUUACCUUCCAUAGAAUAAAUGACAAGAUUUACAUUUUAAAAAAUGUGUUUUUACAAUUAUUUUUAAAAAAAUGUGUUCCACUCUGUGAUCAACUCUAUCAUUUGUGGUAAAUUCUGUCCUCCUGAUAUUGAUAGUGUUUAAUAGGUACAACUAUUGUAUAGUGAGCACUGUGUGUCUCAUUAGUAGAUUAGUUGGAAAAGAACAUUUGUGAUUGGCCCAGUGAUCUUGUUAUUGUUCUUGCACAGCUUCAAUUAUAAAUGUGUUAUAAAAGAAGCUAAUUCACUUUCCCUGUUCAGAUGAUAACUGAGACCUAAAAAUACAAGUAGGGGAUAGCUUGGACCCAACGGUACAAUUAGGUGAAAGCUUGGACCUAAAAAUACAAGUAGGGGAUAGCUUGGACCCAACGGUACAAUUAGGUGAAAGCUUAGACCUAAAAAUACAAGUAGGGGAUAGCUUGGACCCAACGGUACAAUUAGGUGAAAGCUUAGA